CCACUUGGGACCGGUCCCUGAGUAGGUGAGGAGGUGGGUAGGAGCUUGCUUAUAGAAAAGUGGAAUCCAGUAGUCCUUGUUAGUGGAGCCGCUGCCUCCAGGGAACUCAAGGCCGGCUCCUGUUUCUUCAAGAGUGCUGGAGGCCAAACUUGAAAUACAAGUUUAAGGUUCCCCAUCGGGCAAAAGAUAAGGAUCCGAUCUCCCCCGGCCCGGUGUGCAGCAGGAGCGACCAACCCCGACCCGGGUUAAAACUCCCAGGGACUCUUCGCUGCUGCCACCUCUUGUUCUCUCCCCCGUUCCUACUCGGGGUCUCCCUCAGGGCCGGGAGGCACAGCAGUCCCUGCUUGCUGAGGGGCUGGAUGUACGCAUCCUCAGGUUCCCGCGGACUUGGGGGCGCCCACUGAGCCCCGGCGCCCGCAGAGGGCUUGUGUUUGCCUCCUGCAGCCUCAACCCGGAGGGCAGCGAGGGCCUACCACCAUGAUCACUGGUGUGUUCAGCAUGCGCUUGUGGACCCCGGUGGGCGUCCUGACCUCGCUGGCGUACUGCCUGCACCAGCGGCGGGUGGCCCUGGCCGAGCUGCAGGAGGCCGAUGGCCAGCGUCCGGUCGACCGCAGCCUGCUGAAGUUGAAAAUGGUGCAGGUCGUGUUUCGACACGGGGCGCGGAGUCCUCUCAAGCCGCUCCCGCUGGAGGAGCAGGUAGAGUGGAACCCCCAGCUGUUAGAGGUCCCACCCCAAACUCAGUUUGAUUACACAGUCACCAAUCUAGCUGGUGGUCCGAAACCAUAUUCUCCUUAUGACUCUCAAUACCAUGAGACCACCCUGAAGGGGGGCAUGUUUGCUGGGCAGCUGACCAAAGUGGGCAUGCAGCAGAUGUUUGCCUUGGGAGAGAGACUGAGGAAGAACUAUGUGGAAGACAUUCCCUUUCUUUCACCAACCUUCAACCCACAGGAGGUCUUUAUUCGUUCCACUAACAUUUUUCGGAAUCUGGAGUCCACCCGUUGUUUGCUGGCUGGGCUUUUCCAGUGUCAGAAAGAAGGACCCAUCAUCAUCCACACUGAUGAAGCAGAUUCAGAAGUCUUGUAUCCCAACUACCAAAGCUGCUGGAGCCUGAGGCAGAGAACCAGAGGCCGGAGGCAGACUGCCUCUUUACAGCCAGGAAUCUCAGAGGAUUUGAAGAAGGUGAAGGACGGGAUGGGCAUUGACAGUAGUGAUAAAGUGGACUUCUUCAUCCUCCUGGACAACGUGGCUGCCGAGCAGGCACACAGCCUCCCAAGCUGCCCCAUGCUGAAGAGAUUUGCACGGAUGAUUGAACAGAGAGCUGUGGACACAUCCUUGUACAUACUGCCCAAGGAAGACAGGGAAAGUCUUCAGAUGGCGGUAGGCCCGUUCCUCCACAUCCUGGAGAGCAACCUGCUGAGAGCCAUGGACUCUGCCACUGCCCCCGACAAGAUCAGAAAGCUGUAUCUCUAUGCGGCUCAUGAUGUGACCUUCAUACCGCUCUUAAUGACCCUGGGGAUUUUUGACCACAAAUGGCCACCGUUUGCCGUUGACCUGACCAUGGAACUCUACCAGCACCUGGAAUCUAAGGAGUGGUUUGUGCAGCUCUAUUACCACGGGAAGGCCUUGCAGGUACCAAGCAUAACAGGAAUGAAGAAAAUUCUAGGGCUUCUCCAGCCUCAUUGACAAGGAAAAAGCAAACUACUCUUCAUUGCAGUGUUGACAUUUCAAAACUGGCAUUUAAUUAUUUACAUACUUUCAUAUAUUAAAGGUACAUAUACAUGUGUAUAAGUAAAUCUGUAUAUGUGUGUAUAAAAGUUUUCAAUAGCUCCACUACUCACAGCUACCCUAGAGAACUUUACCAAAGCCCAGGAGAUCUUCUGCAGUUUGGAGAACAAAAUAAAUCACAGUAAUCCACCAUCCCCUGUAAUCAAAUACAUUUUGACUGAACCCAGUAACAAUGACUCAGUUUCUAGCAAGGUGCCACGCCCAGCCCUUGUCUUCAUUUGACGUUGAGAACCGAGCAGCCAGAAGCCAGUACUCCAGAGCCCAUAAAGCACCGCCAAAAGCGUGGCCUUAGAUCACAGAUUGAUUCAUGGGGAUGGGCAGGAGUCUCCAGGGAAAACAGCUCAUGGGGUAGCUGUUGAGCUUCUAUGUGGGAAGUGAGGAAAAUGAAAGCUCCUGGAAGCUUGGUGAAGAUGAGAAACAAACAUGAGCUCCUGGGGUCUUUAAUAAAAAGAACUUUGACUGUAGAAAACAAAAAGAUUGAAAACUUAAAUUCACCCUCAACACUAAUUAAUUGGACACUGGAUAUAACUGAGAUUUGUAAGCUGUUUCUGCCCUUGACCCUGGCUCCAGCCUCUAGAGAAUGGAAGAGUGUGGCUAGCACAGAGCUGCGGGUCAGCCCCUCAUGAGAGGGGGUUGCUGGUCUAGGUGCAGGUGGUGAGGUGUGAGAAACCCAGCCACCCAGAGCCGCACAGCAACACUCCCAGCCGGCCCCAGUGAAGACAUGCAGUUUCCUAGGGCUGGGUUUCUUUAACCUGUUCUUUGGAACCGCAGGGUACCCACAUAAUUGUUUGGGAACACUAAGCAGGUAUUUUGCAAGAGAAAUCUGGCUUCUUUCGUGUUUGGUGAAGUAACUGAAUUUUCCCAUGCUUUAACUAUGUGUGAGGAAAUAAUUUCUGAUUCUUCUGUUUAUUUUCUCUUUCUAUGGUCAUACAUACACUCACCGUCUUCCUCUGACAGUAUUGAUUACCAAGCACAAUUAAGCACUGAGACAGAAAGUUAACAGCUGAAGUGGGGUCACCUAUAGGCAGAAAAUAGAUUCGUGUCUGUUUAACAGUAACCCAGAUAAGAAGCCAUGUUAAAUAGAGACAACUUUUAUUACAAUCCCCAUAGCAUACCUUCCUUUUAACAUUAUUUUUAUGAUUUAGCUCCCUCCAAUAGGAAAUGUUUGGCCACCCACUGGUUUUGUGCUUUAUAAACUUAUUGCUUUAAAUGUGUUAUUAAAAUCUUACCACCAAAUUAGGAUUCCAUGACUUUUCAUAAAUGUAAGGGCUUGUGACUUUGAAAAAAAUUACAGGUCUGAGUUAGAGAAAAGAAAGUGGCAAUGAGGCUCAAGUUGUCUAAACAGCAUGGGAAAUAUGAUACAAUUUAAUGUUAUUUCAAGCAAAAGAGAUGAGUCUAAGGAUUUUUUAGAAUAAGCAAAUUUUUGCAAGUGAUCUUCCUGUGGUUCUCUCACCCCGCCCCCAGCCUAUCUUCCACAAUCUGAUCACCUGAUCCCUUGCUUAAAACUUUGAAGUUCAAACUCCUUACUGGGCCACACUGGGCUCUCUGUGACCCACUCUCUCUCUAGGCUUAUUUCUUUUCUUUUCUUUUUUUUUUUUUGGAGACAGAGUCUUGCUCUCUCACCUAGGCUGGAGUACAGUGGCGCGAUCUCGGCUCACUGCAAGCUCUGCCUCCCGGGUUCUGGCCAUCUCCUUCCUCAGCCUCCCGAGUAGCUGGGACUACAGGCGCCCACCACUAGGCCUGGCUAAUUUUUUGUAUUUUUAGUAGAGACGGGGUUUCACCGUGUUAGCCAGGAUGGUCUCGAUCUCCUGACCUCAUGAUCCGCCCGCCUCGGCCUCCCAAAGUGCUGGGAUUACAGGCGUGAGCCACCGCGCCCAGCCUAGGCUUAUUUCUUACUUCUUUACUUCUUCCUCCCUUAAAGAGGCCAUCCCAUCAGCAAGCCCCUGCUGUUCCCAUUUCCUCUGCUUCAAUGCUCACCACCAUCCUCCAGGAAUGCUCUCUCCUUUAAGAGUCAGUUAAAAAAAUCACCUUCCCUUUGAGGAUUCAUUGAAUUUUCCUUUCUGGCCCAUUGCACCCUGUCCACACCUUCACGGUAGCAAUCAUCAUAUUGUAUCGCAGUAACUGGUUUACACACCUGUUUCCACAUCCCAGCCUUUGCACAGUUCUUGAUACACAGUAGGUGCUCUAUAAAUAUUUGCUAAAUAAAUGAGUCCUCGGGUUAAAAUGCAACUUCCCUCUCCUUUCAGCACCUUGAAAUUUACUCAGAAAAGGAAAAGGAAAUGACUGAAGUGUAGACAGUUUAAGCGGAACACAGCAAAGUACCCUGCCUGGGGUGCUCCUGGCCACUAGUUAAGGAAAAAGAAUAAAUAUGGAGACUGGGGUCCCAGCACCUCUGUGGAGCUGUCGUGAUUUCUGUUUACAACAGCCUGGCUAAGCAAUCUGUGGGACCCAGGGCAAAAUGGAAAUGUGGAGCCCCUAUUCAAUAAUGAAGAACUCCAAACAGUGACAGUGGAGCAUUAAACCAAGCUGGAGUCCUGUCCAACUGCACAGGUGGCACAGAUGACCACAGUUGUGUUGUGAUGAUAAUAUCAAGAAGUAUAGAGUGCAGGGAGGCGGGGAGAAAUGUUGGAUCCAUUUUUUAAGGAGUAGCUUUAAAUACGUAAAAUUGUUUUCAAUUUAUUUUCUCAUGCCGCCUCCUUCAUAGAACCCCUAUAAUUAUGUGUUUUCAUUUAUAAGUGCAGAAUUGUUUCUAAAGUAAAUUAUUUUAUUUUACAUUGUUUCAGGGAAAAUGCUACAUACUUCUAGUUAGUCCUUAAGAACAAAUGCUAUGAGCCACACACACUCCACCACUUUCCCCUGAAGUGAACAAGUCACUACUGCAUUUUCUCCAUUCAGUCCCAAACUUCAGGAGAGGAAGGAGAGAAGAUUGGCUGGGCUCUCACAGGAAUAUGUUAAUAUGAAACAUCUUUCAUCAUCACUCUCACUGAUUUUUAAAAAAUCUUGCAUCAGUUCUCCAUGCAGCAGCAUCCAGUCUCUCCAAAGGUAAUUUUAUUUUAUAACAAUCUUAGUAAAUGAGAAAUUGUUGUAUUUAGGCCCUAAAUUUGGCUUAUCAGACAUUAUCGUGAUGAAAUGGCAUGUGCUGAUUGAUAAAGUGAAUGAAGAUGUAUGAUGGGGUAUUUUAAAAACCUCAGGUGGGCAAGUUGAUCUGCACUGCCACAAGUUCUCCAGCAGGGGGCUGCAAGAGGAGUGCCACAUAUCCAGCUGCCCACAGCAGCCAGACCCACCGGUCUCUUGCUAGCCCUCUAAGUAAGUACCUGCUCUCCUAUGUGGGUACCUUUUAUGCCUUGACUCCCUGCCUGUGAAAGUAACAACAGGACCACACACCAUUAGUGACUGCAACACUGUUGGCUACAGCAAGGAGGGGAGUGACCCAAGAAGCCAGACCAGAAGACAAAUGCCAGGUGGGACCCUUCCUUCAGGUUCUCAUCUUGUGCUGCCCAUGCUUGGCUGUUGGUCUGCUCUCAUUUAUAUACUUUAAAGCCAGAGAACCCAGAAACAUGGCUAAGUUUGUGAAACAAAAUCUUCGUUUUACUAUCCUAAUUUCUCUACAACAUGAAAGUUUCACUACCCAGCACCAACAGAAUACAUCAGAUGGAAUCAGAAUUCUUAAACUUGUGAGCUCAGUUUUCUCAUCUGCAAAUGAGAUCAUUACCACUCACUUCAUAGGGCCCCUUAAAAAUCAGCAAGAUAAAGUGCAGGGAGGCGACUGGUAGAGUAGGUACUCAAAUGUUCAUCUCCACAUUUUUUGUUGUCUGGGGCACUUGUGUUACUGAGAAGACAGGGCUGCUGAAAAGGAAGAGAAAAUGGCUCUCCAAAACAAUUGUCGGAGAGAAAAGCUCAGACUGUGAAACACCAGCAGAGCCCAAUUUGUACAAGUUUGUCUGCAGAUGACUCUGCACCUGCCGCUCCUCGCUUAGAUUCUCUCACCUAAGAACAAACAUGCACACAGACGCCCACUCACUGAGCUAAAAACACCUACAACAACUCAAAGAAAUACACACACCAGAACAGAAUUAACUGCACAGAAGCAAAACAGCGAGUCCAUUAGACACAUACCUUGCAGGAUACACACUGAUCUGCUGAAGAUGUAUGUGGUGAGAAGUGAACUGUGCACAGAGACUGAGCAGGGUUAGCAGAGGUGAUGGGGUAGCGGGGAGGUGGGGAGCCAGAAAGGACCACAGAAACCCACGGACUGUGGAAACCCAUAAUUUGCAGGUAUAGUAAUAAUAUUCUACCUUAACAAGACCCAGGGACAUCUCAUAGCUUAUUCAAAUAACUAAACAUACAACCUUUGGCCUUCUUAAUUACUCCAUACCACUAAACUGGCUCUCACAAACAUUCCUAAUAAAGACCAUUAAUUGCCCUAGAGGUAAAGUUCAGCAAUGGAACCAGGGUUGCUCUUCUGCUUAUGACUAGGAUUUCAUGACUGAGAUAGGAACAGUACAGAAUAAACCUACAUGAGUAGUUAUUCCUUAACAGCAUGGAAUAUGCUUUGAGAAGGUACUUUUAUUUGCUUUCCCUAACCAUCACCUUAUUGAUCAACUCCAAUACAAAGAGCCUAUGCUUCUGGGUCACAUGGCAACCGGUAUGCCCAAAACUAAACAAUCAGGAAUCCAAAUGAACAAAAAAGGCAGUUCAAUUUUGUAAGAAACAAUAUAUUUUAUUUUUCUGACACCACAGCUCUGGCGAGUGGUUUUGUACCAAAUUUAAUGGAGGUUACACAGAACGUCUUACGCAUGGGAGGGGGAGGAAAGGGAAGGAACCACAAAAUUUAAAACAAACA